AUGCAACGUGAAAGUUCAGUGUAUGGCACUGAAAGUCCUUCUAGACAAGACAGUGGUAAUUCAGCGUAUGACACUAAGAAAGAUUCAAUGAGUGACUCUGAAAAAGGUAUUCAACGCCCUCCAGAAUUAACGAAUGUAUUUCAUUCUUUGAACCAACGUCAAAAAGACCUGUAUAAUAGUCUUCCUGACCGAGAGGCAAAAAUCCUUUUAACAAUGGUUUUAGAAGAAAAAAAAAGAGGGGUAAAUUAA